AUGAACGUGGAGGUGACGGGGCGGUGUUUCUUUACGGGGGAUGACUACUACAUAUCUCUUCCUAUCACGAACAAGGCGGCCAACCGCGGCGAGCCACGACAGCUCCUAUGCAGUGAGAUGAUUCACUGGGACGACUACCGGCAAGAGCGCGGCAUUAACGACGGCAAACCACCAAUGCAGCAACUGUUUGCCUCCUCUUACGCGGAGCCACUCGUGCGCACCUUCGCGCUAGGCAGUGAUACAUACGUUACGCAGGUGACGGGUGUGUCAGUGACGCAGGCCGGCUCGUCCAGUCAAAUGUUUAGUGCGGAGAUGCUGCACUGGGACGACUACUGCGCAGCGCGUGGCAUCAACACAGGGGAACCGACCAUGGCGAGCCUCUUCCGCCCCUUUGAAGGCAAAAGCAUUCUUGUGUUCGACUUGAAUGAGCGCAAGCUCACUGAGUUUGAAGGGAACAGCGUCGCCCUCAUCUCAUAUGGCGCUGAUCGACAGACGUACUGCAGUGAGAUGGAGCACAGGGACGAUUACGUCAGAGCAAAAACUGGGCAGGCACCGCAGCCCAGCAUGGCGUCGUUGUUCGCUUGA